AUGGCCCUGGCCGAGGAGGACAAGCUGGGCUCCAAGUGCUUCGCCGUGCGUUCGCUGGGCUGGGUGGAGAUGAGCGAGGACGAGCUGGCGCCAGGCAGGAGCAGCAUCGCCGUCAACAACUGCAUCCGCCAGCUCUCCCUGCACCAGCGUGGCCCCCCUGGCACCUGGGGGGAGGGCCGGGCGAUGCUGCUGCUACUGGAGAGCCAGACGCUGAAGCUGGUGGACCCGCAGGAUCAGGCCCUGCUGCAUGCACAGCCCGUGGCCAGCAUCCGUGUCUGGGGCGUGGGGGGUGACAGCGGCAUGGACGUCAUCAACGCGGCGCUGGAGGCGGCGCUGGCCACCGGCAGCAAGGAGCACUGGACCCCCAUCGUGGUCAACGUGGCGCCCGCCACGCCCACCAUCACCCAUGAGCAGACGGAGGCGGUGCUGUGUGAGUGCCGCGUGCGGUUCCUGUCCUUCAUGGGGGUGGGCCGGGACGUGCGCUCCUUCGCCUUCAUCAUGGCCAACGCCCCGCGCAACGACCGCUGCCACGUGGUCUGGUGCGAGCCCAACGCCGCGGGGCUGAGCGAGGCGCUGCAGGCCGCCUGCAUGGUG